CGCGGUCUGCAUGAAACGCAGCCGCGAAACACGAGCCCCCCCCCCAAUUGGAACCCCCACAUUUUACGUCGCUGGCUAUCAAUGACGAAUACUAGCACGUUUCGCGAGACGAAACGAAUACGAGUGUACACACGUCGGCAGAUACAAUCGUACCACAUACACCAUCUAUCCAGCGAACGUUUAGUCGUUGUUCGAUCGCCGUAUCGAACGUUUACUCGCGUCGAGAGUUUUCGCACGUCGUCGGAUUAUCGAAUUAAUUUUGAGCGUGUGUUUUUGCUGGUUGGUUCUUUUUUUUUUUUUUCCUCCUCUCUUUCUCUUAACAUAUCACGUGUGCAAAGACGACGUGAUCAUCCAAUCGAUCACGCGUCUGUAGAUCGUUCUUUAUUAAUAGAAAUCGUUAGAAAAUCAUGGGAGUGAACGAAUUAGUGAUAGCGGUUCUGACCGUGUGUAUCGGCGCCUACUUGCUCACAGGAAAACGACGACGCUUCAUUUAUUUGCUCUACAAAACCUUACCUAGAGAUGUGCUGGGCGCAUACAGAUUCGUUCGGGUGAACGUGUUGCUAUGGUGGUGGGAAUGGCAAAAGUUAACCGUGGCGAAGAUAUUCAGCAGGCAAGCAACGGCUAAUCCAGAAAAGAUCGCUUUCAUCUUCGAAGACAAGGAAUGGACUUACAAAGAGUUGGAAGAAUACAGCAAUCGGAUCGGCCGUUACUUCGCUGGCAAAUCCUUGUCCCGCGAAGACAGCGUUGGUCUUAUUAUGGAAAGUCGGCCCGAAUACGUAGGGAUCUGGUUAGGUCUGAGCAAAGCUGGUUUGGUGGGCGCUCUUCUGAACACGAAUCUUCGACAGGAUGUCCUGGUGCACAGUAUCAAAGCAGCCAAUUGCAAGGCUGUCAUCUUCGGGUCGAAUUUUAAGGACGCAAUCGCCGAAAUUAGAGAGAGAAUUCCCAAUGUGGCUUUGUACCAAUGGUCUGAACUUCCCGACACGUCGUGCCUGGAAGGAGCGAUCGAUCUGAACCCGGAAAUCAGUAGCGUAGAUUCGGGCCCCCUGGACACGGUGGCCCUCGGCACUCCCAGGGACAAAUUGAUUUAUAUAUACACGUCUGGCACCACAGGAAUGCCGAAAGCUGCCGUUAUAACAAAUUUAAGAUACAUGCUGAUGUCAUGCGGCGUGAACUCUAUGCUGAAUCUACGGCCAACCGAUCGUAUUUAUAAUUCCUUGCCUCUCUAUCACACGGCUGGAGGCCUAAUUGGAGUAGGUCAAGCAUUGCUGAGAGGAAUCACGGUCGUGCUUCGCAGACGUUUCAGCGCUUCCAAGUUUUGGCCGGAUUGUGUUCAUUACGAGUGCACCGUUGCUCAGUACAUCGGUGAGAUAUGUCGAUAUCUGCUCACUGCACCGGCUGCCCCUUGCGAUACAACGCACAAAGUUCGACUGAUGUUUGGAAAUGGUCUCAGACCCCAGAUAUGGAAACCUUUCGUGGAUAGAUUCGGUGUGAAGCAAAUAGGAGAAUUUUACGGCGCCACCGAAGGGAAUUCGAAUCUUGGUAAUUUUUUGUCCUACUUUCGAUUUCUGACCAUGAUUAAACGAUUCGUUAAAAAUAUUUCUUUAUUACGAACAGUGAAUAUCGAUAACACGAUUGGAGCAGUUGGAUUUGUGCCGCUAUGCGGCAGUUCUUUGUAUCCCGUAGCUUUAUUAAGAGUGGAUGAAGAGACUGGAGAACCGUUGAGGGGAUCGGAUGGCCUCUGCAUUCGUUGUAAACCUGGAGAAUCGGGCAUCUUUGUGGGGAAGAUCAAUCCAAAGAGGGUAUUGAACGAUUUUUCUGGAUACGUGGAUCGAAAAGCAUCGGAACAAAAAAUUCUUCGAGAUGUAUUCAGGAAAGGCGAUCGAGUCUUUAAUUCUGGUGAUAUUUUGCUCAUGGACGAAUUCGGAUACUUUUAUUUUAAAGACAGGACUGGUGACACAUUCAGAUGGCACGGCGAGAACGUUGCUACUUCCGAGGUGGAGGCUGUUGUCAGCAAUGUGAUAGGUUUAAAAGAUGCAGCUAUAUAUGGAGUCGAGGUACCUGGAACCGAAGGAAAGGCUGGAAUGGCAGCCAUUUACGAUCCGGAAUACACUUUGAACAUCAAAGAAAUGGCGGACGGCGUGAAGAAAUCUUUACCAUCGUAUGCCAGGCCACUUUUCGUUCGAGUGUUGUCGGAAUUGCCGAUGACUGGCACGUUUAAAUUGAAGAAAAAGGAUCUUCAAGAAGAUGGAUUCGAUAUUAAGAAGAUCGCAGACCCGAUUUAUUUCCUCGACAACUCUGGUGUCUACGUAAAGUUAACGGAAGAAAUUUACAACAAUAUACUGGAGGGGAAAAUUCGAUUGUGAAUUCGUAAUUUUUUUAGCGAGUUCAUUAAAGUAUAAACAAUCUCGUUUCUUUUUGUAUAAUUUCUAUUUAUUGACGAGAGGAAUAGUCUAUUUAGACAGAUUUAUCUUUUGUCUAUAAAUAUCCACAAUAUUUCCGAACGAAAUUUUAACAGCGAACUUGGCUAUCGAAGAAUUGCUACAUUUACACGUAUUUUUAUAACUAUUUUAAUUCACGAUUCUUAUAAUAAGAAACUGUAAGAAGAAAGUUUCGGAACAGUAGAAUUGUAAGAGAUAGAUGAUAAUAUUUUAAUAGAUACACGUAUUUCAAGAAAAAAAAAAAAAAAAAAAAGAAAAGAAAAAAGUAUUGACUAGGAGAGAAACUUACAUCUCGAAGAAAUUGUGAAUUGUUAAUUCUGAUUCGCCUAGACGUUAAGAUAAUUUCUGAACAUCUGUCCAUUGCAUGGAAUUCCUAGAGAUUUUAAGACUUUUUAAGUUAUUUUAUAAGAAGAUGGUGAAGGUUGGGAGCGAAACGACUGUGACUCUGUAAAGUAACCGUGUAUAAAAUGAAACUCUGCGUCAUAGUUUAAUAAAUUGUCCCCUUGUUGAAAAAAAA